CACACACACACACACCACACCACACGCCAACCGAACGAACGACGACGAUAUCGUUUACAUAUAUAUAGUUUAUUCAUUCAACCGGUGCCAGUCGGCCUCGUCGUCGUCAGUGUGAUCUACAUCGGUGCGAUCGUCGUCGGAAAGUGUGCGUUCGAAAUAUUUUCGAAUUUUGAAUUCGAAUCGUACACACGUGCGUCAACGAAUAUAAUACAUAGAUUAUUAUUUCGUAUAAAAAGUGGAGUGACUUCGGUGCAGCGAUAAAUCAAAAUAGAAGGCGAGAGAAAUUUUUGUUCGGCGACCGCAAUAACAACGGCUAUUAUUUGCAAGCUCGUUCGGUUGUGCGCGUUUAAAAAUAUUACUAGUGUAAAAAAUCGGCGCAUACCGGCAUAUAGCCAAGAGUGGAGCAAAAAAAAGGAGAUGAAUAUCGUGCAUAACAACGAUAUACGCGAGUGAACUGAGAAGAAGAAGUCGAAGAAUCAGAAGAUAUUCGUGAGUUAUAUAGCUUCGUGUGUAAAAGAAAGCAAAAAGCAAAAAAAAACAAGUACGAAAUCCAGCAACGGCACAGCCAGCAGCAGCUACACAGCCAGAAGAUAGCGAAAAACGGCUGUUAUACUCUGCGUGUUCUGCAAAAAAAGUGAGAGAGAGAGAGAGAGAGAGAGAGCGAGAUAGUGUGUGUGCCCAGGCGGCCAAGUCAACGACGACGACGACAGUAGUGCGCGGUGGUGAAUACAUAUCUAUACAACGUGAACGUGUGUCUCUGUGUGUUAUAAUACCGUGUGUGUGUGUGUGUGUCGAGAGUGUAUGUGUGUUUGUGUAGAUCAUAUAUAUACAAACGCGGUGGCCUAUCGCAUCUCUCUCGCUCUUCAUGCGCUUGGUAACGGUGGAAUUCCGCUCGACGAGAGGAAUCUGAAGGCGGGGUCUGACGUCACUCCGCUUCAUGAUAAUGAGUUCUCACCUUUUGUUUUCUAUGCUGGUCUGGAAUAAUCAACGACGCGUACAGAGCUCAGUGAAAUAUGCCAAGGAGACGAAAUGGGGAGAUACCGCUUCCGGAAGGGUGGGACGUAGCGCACGACUACGACGGAAAAGUAUACUUCAUCGAUCACAACACGAGAAAGACGACCUGGAUCGAUCCACGCGACAGAUAUACCAAACCCCAAACCUUCGCCGAUUGCAUCGGUAACGAACUGCCACUCGGCUGGGAGGAAGCUUGCGACAAACACGUGGGUGUUUACUACAUUAAUCAUGUUAACCAAACGACACAGCUGGAAGAUCCUAGACAAGAAUGGCGCGGGAUUCAAGAAGCCAUGCUUCGCGAUUACCUGCAAACCGCACAGGACGCACUUGAGGCGAAAAAGGAGAUCUACGACGUGAAGCAGCAGCGAUUAUGCUUAGCCCAAGACGAGUACAAUCACCUCAACAAUGCGCUCUGCACGCUUGGCGCCUCGCGUACCAGUUUAUGCUCUAGCACGUCCUCGCUUAGCACCAAGUACGAUCCAGAUCUGCUGAAAUGCGACGUGGCCGAGGCCAGGAAGCGGGUCUCGAGGCUCAAGCGCGAACUGGAGCAAAUUCGGGCCGAGAUGAAUUGCACACAGCGCGGCGUCGACACGCUCGCCAGCGUCGAGCAAAAGCUGAGCACGCACCGCGCGGGCUGCUACAACAUAACCGAGGCCCAGGCCAUCAUGACUGAGCUGCGCAACAUCCAGAAGAGCCUCUCCUCGGGCGAGAAGGAGAAGGCCGAGCUCAUGCAGUCGCUGGCCCAGCUCAAGGACGAGCUCACCCGGCUGCAGCUCUGCGAGGGCAGUCCCGAAGCCAGUACCCUGAGUCUGCCUCAGGAGAAGCUCAGCACCGCCUCGCAGACCGACCUGUCGGGCGAGCUCGUGCCCAUCGGCACGCGCCUGGCCGAGAUGGCACGCAUGAGGCUGCAGUACGACGAGGCCAGAAAGCGAAUACAGCAGAUACAGCAGCAGCUCGCCGACCUCGAGGAGAAGGUAAUACCAGGCCAGACGGAAAGCGACAAGGACAAGCUACUACUGUUUCAGGAGAAGGAGCAGCUGUUGCGCGAGCUGCGCAGCAUAACGCCGCACACGCGCACCCAGCAGGACAUGGUCAAGAUCCAGACGGAGAUACGACGACUCGAGACGGAUCUGAACCAGGCGUUCGAGCUCUCGAACAAGACCAUCACCGAUCGGGUGCGCCUGCACGAGGAGAAGCAGUUGCUGCUGCAGCAGUUGCGCGACGCGCUCAGGUCCAUGGCGACCCUCGAGGGCCAGCUGAAGAGCCUGUCGGCCUCGACGCUCUCGGUGUCGUCGAGCUCGUCGCUGGGCAGCCUCAGCACGACCAGCAGCAAAGGCUCGCUGUCGUCCGGACUGAGCUUCACCGACAUCUACGGUGGACCCCAGUGCAUGGGCAGCACCUCGUUGCAUCAACUUCAGCAGCAGACUCUGCAGGAGCGACCGGUCGACAUGGUCGAUCUGCAUCGACGCGUCGAGCGACUGCUCAAGGGCUCCGAUCAGACCAGCAAUGGCCCGAUCGGCAGCACUACCACCACGAUGCUGAACAAUAGUAGCGGCGGCGCGACCGGCGGCAACGGCAGCAACAGUAACAAUACUGCCAACGGCACGACCGGUAACGCUGCUCAAGUCAACAGCAACAGCAAUUGCAACAAUUUGGGCACACCGUCGCCGGGCAGGUCUCAGCCCAGUUUGUCGCCCAGGUCUAGUCUGUCGAGCGUGUCCCCGCCCAUAUCGCCGCUAUACGAGAACGCACCGGUUGGACCACCGCCGGCGUACGAGCAGAUAGAGCUGCAGCGACGCCAGCAACAGAGACUGCUCUCGUCCACGUCGUCGACGACAAUGGCGGCCUCGCACCUCGACCGAAUCCAGCUCGAGGACAAACUCGCUGAGCUCCGGCUGAGCCAGCAGACCAUUCAGGAGCAGCAACAGUCGGUUAGUAGCGGCAGCGCGGCCGAACCGCAACAAAAUCCUCAACAACAGCAACAUCAACCACAUUAUCAUCAACAAUUUCAGCACUAUCAGCAACGCGAUCAGCACGAGCAGCAGCUUCAUCGUCAGCAGCUGCAGCAGCAACCCAACAAGCACAGCCAGCAGCAGUCCAACAUGGAUCUGCAGUCGUGCAACAUGUCCCAAGGCAGCGGUCUUGGCAGGCCUGGUCUGACGCAAGAACCUCCACUGUCGCCGAUAAGCGAGACACCGCCGCCGCUGGGCGCCCGUUCGCGAGCCAGCUCAUCGGGGACGAACACGCGCUCGGUUUCCGCAGCCGUGUCCGACGAGAGCGUCGCCGGUGACUCCGGGGUAUUCGAAGCCUCGAACAGGCGACGUCUGUCCGGCAUCGGCAACGCGAUCGACAACGUCAGUGGCAAUGGCGCUACCGACGCCAAUCUAGAAACCGCACAGGUUCAAAUCAAACUUAGGUAUUCUGUUAGUGACGGCUUGCUUCACGUCGGAAUUGAGCGGGCGAGAAACCUGGCCGCGCUCUUCAUUCCCGACAGCAUGCAAGUGUACAUAAAAAUUGCUCUGCUGCCAAUGCAGCCGCCCGUGAAUCAUGUGUGCUGCACCAAACCGUUAGUGGACUUGCGCAAGCCCAACUUCGGAGAAACAUUCCCUAUAUCAGUGCCACUGAACAAGCUCUACAACAAAACGUUGCAAGUAAAUGUUUGGUCCUGUUCAGGAGAGUCUGAGGAGUGCUUGGGCUCAACCCAAGUCUCCCUGGCAGACUUCAGUCCUGAAAAUUCAAGUGUCAAGUGGUACAACAUCCUGUCGUAUCGCUUCAUGCAGCCAUCCUCGUCGUCGUCCUCGGCAGCGGCGUCAGCGCUGCCACUCGCCAACGAGUCGACUUCUUGCCAAUCCUAUACCGGCGCGAUGAGCAAGCACGACAAGCAGGAGUCCGACGUUUCGGUGUACAAAGGUCAGAGCAACGUGAAGGAGGAGAGCAGCGACGAGAGCACCAUCAUCAGCUCGCAGACGUCGACGUUGACGCGAAACACGGGCUGCGAGGAGCUGUCAUCCGCCGUGACGUUGAGGCUCGAGGAGUUGGCUAACUGUCUGAGUCCUCAGGAGGAGGACGAAGAGGACGACGACGCGGACGACACCAGUGACAGCGAUGGCGACGAUAGCGAGGACAGCGACGAGGAGGGUAUCGUCAUCGAGUUCAUGAUGGAAGAGAGCGUUCUCGAAGAUGUACUCGAACACGAGGAAGACGAGGAGCUCGCCAGAGAAGAAGCGGCAGCAGCUGCGGCGUCGGCGUCAGCCGAGUCCGGGACAGCUGCCGCCGCCGCCGCCGCUCCGGUGAUCGCCAAUCACACACUCGACAAGGAGACCAACACAGAGUGCGUUUUCAUUCCGGAGCAGGGCAAGCAGCGCAAAUUGUCGGCAGCUGGUGCUGUACCGGGUGCCGUGCACGACGACAAAAACUCGAUUGUCAUCAAGAGGAGCCAGACAUUUUCGCCGAGCGCUGCCGUCAGUCGAAAUCAUUACAUUUGUCGACUAAAUCGCAGCGACAGCGAUAGCAGCAUGCCACUCUACCGCAGAGGAGGACCUUUCCAACGUAACUCGAUUGAGCGUCGAUCGCUGCGUUGGCGUAGGCCGUCCUCCGCCCUAGGUGUCAACAAGUCCGUAGUCGUUUCGAAAUCCCGGACGCCGCACGUGUCGACCACCGCCAGGACCUCGCUGGACUUGGAGCUCGAUCUUCAGGCUCAGCACGCCCGACUCUCGAAUCUGCACGACGAGCUCACCAGACUUCGCGAUCUGAAGCAACGACUGGAGCAGGCCCGAGAGAAGCGAGACGUAGACAUGGCCAAUUGGCUGCUGGAAGAUGACAAAUUCCAGUCGCUGAUGCAGCAAGCUGAGGUCGGUAAAAACGGAAAGAGCGUCGAGGAUAAGAAAGUCGAAAAAAUGCUGAGGAAGACCGGCAAGGAAAUUUAUAAAUUGAGGAAGACCAAAGUCGGCAAGGGAAAACCAGACAUCAUCUCCUUCAAAGAAAAAAUGGCUUUCUUCACUCGAGUCAAUCUAAAUGUGCCUGUACUUCCACCUGAUGAAACAAAUAAUACGACAAACGACGAAAUGCCUCCUCUCGAUCAUCGUAGAUACUCUUCGGAGCCCGUGAAAUCCACGAAGAUUUACAAUAAUGCGAGUCGAAAAUCUAGCGGACCUGCCGAGGCCUCAUCGGAUAAUCAUAGUAAAAUUGCUGAGGACAAAGUAAACCAAGAAACUAGCACCGAUAAACAACCAGACGUCGACGAGAACGGCGAACCUAAGAGGUACGAAUACGUCGUCGAUAGAGUAUUGGGUGUCGAAGUGUGAACGCAAAUGGCGAUAGACCGACUGAUAAUGAUCACAAAAAAUGAGUCUAUAUGCGUAAUAGACGAUCUUUAGCUCGAAGUUAUUUAAUCGAGCGUACUCGCCAUGGUAAUAAUUGGGAGACUUUAUGGAAAUCCUAAUAAUGUAAAUAUAUUUCAGUGUAUUCAAGACUACUACAUGAAACAAAAAAAUCUGAUUUGCUAGAGAUGACUACGACUGAUUUAUGUAAAAAAGAACAGUUCAAACUAGUCUUGAAUAUUAUUAUGUACGGUCAAAGUCUCCUUGUUCAUAAGAAAAUAGCAAAAAAUGUUUAUUAGUGCCAGGUGCCAUGCACGACUGAAAUGAUAAAACACAUGAUGUUGAAUCAGAGCUUAAAUAUGUAAAUUUGUUUCGUUUUUUUAAGCUUUAAAACUGUCUUAUAAUACUUUAUUGAUUGUGUCUCUGGUUGUUUGUAAAAGUUUUAAAGAGAUUUUAUGAAUCUUAUUAAUUUAUGUAGUAAUGGAGAAUCUUUGAUAGGCAGCUGGCCUGCUUAUUGUUUUUGUCGAUGGUCAAAUGAGUCUCAGCCAUCGUAAUACAAAUAAAGUGUAUCCAGCUUUGUAACGGAAAAGUAAUCCCGCUGAAUACCUCUUAUAAGUGCCUUUUCAAGAUCGAUGUAAUAUCGAACGCGUUCAAAGUUGAUAACUCAAUUGACGAAAGCAAUGAAGUAAUAUAACGUUUUUUAAAAUAAUUAUGCAUAAAAGAAAAUUAUUUUUGCAUUAAAUAUACGUGUUGUUUCGUAAGUUUUAAAUUGUUAUACGGAGAAAGUUGGUAAAUUUGUACGACUGUUAAAGAAAAAUUGUUAAUAUUUUCAAUUGAUGUAUAAGUAAUAAGAUGACGUGAAUGCCCACGAUUCGUUCGAUGUCGAAAAAUUCGUUUGCCUUCGUGGACGUUUCAUUGUUCAAUUAAUUAGUAAAAUUAUUUAAAGUGAUUGAUGAUCAAAAAAAUUAUGAAGAAUCAAUUGAUGUUUCGUCGGCGCCAAAGGCCUUUCAAUAUUUUCAUGCGUAGAUUUAUCGUCAAUAAGAGAUUUCUAAUUAACUGUUUCAUAAUCGCGAAAUAAAAGUAGUUUAAGAAUAGUAUAUUGGAAUUCGCCUUCCCUCGAACUCUCUCGGCAAUAAAGCUAGUGAUUAGGAAUUCUCGUUUUUAUUAAUUUCACGUAGUUAUUAGAGUGGGAGAAAAUAUCGGAGCAUUGUUCAAAGUCAAAUGGGCUCAAUACACAAUGUAGAUUUCGAAAUAAUUGCUUAACAAGCCUGUAAAUAGUGAACAUUUUUCCUUCUUUUUUGUACAUACGUAUAAAUAAAUGAAUAUAUAUAUUUUACUGUAAUAAUUUCAUCGACGACAACCCGAACUAAUGUCGAGAGAACUGCGGAAAAUCGUUUAUCGUACGAAACAAAAGUACGAGCGCAGCGUUCGACGUGUAGAGUUGUAUAAAUAAAGAUUACACGGAAAGAGAAUCGAUGUUAAACAAUACGCGCGAUUAUUUUUUAAUAGGAGAGAAGAAAUACUGCAUUAUUGGCUUUUAAACGCAAUUGAGAAACGUGUGCGCGUCUCGUGUCGCCCAAAAUUUCGUUGCGUUUACAGUCUCUGUUCAUGUAUAAUAAAAAAUAUAAAUGUUAAUGAUUGUUCAACGAGCCGAGCGAGACGACGAUGAUGUCUCGUCUCGUGUUUCUGUAUCGAUGUAUUAUUAAUGUUACGAAUACUGUAUUAUCAAACAGCGAAAAAAACAAACAAACAGCAACAAUUUAUCAUUAUCGUCAUUCUAAUUAUAAUAUCAUACUAAUUUUAAUUCCUCUGCUAUUACUACAAUGAUAAUUUUUAUUUUUUAUUAUUACGUUAUUAUUUGUAUUAUUAUCUUUAUAUUACAGUUAUUACCGUGUAGCAAUUAAAAAAAAGUUCUCUCUUCUCCCCUUUCUUUCUCUUUGUCUUCGUAGCGUAAAAAAAAAGACAACAACAAC